AUGGAAUCCCUUAAUGCUUACAUCCUAACGUUCAACUGCGCUCGUAACGUUGUUGAACCAGAACAGUUCGCUUCCCACUUAUUCGACGGGCUGAACACAUCACAACCAGAAUCUCCACAAGCGGACGCAAACCUCCCCGAUAUCCUGGUCCUCGCACUUCAGGAAAUUGCGCCGAUUGCUUAUGCCUUUCUAGGCGGUUCAUAUCUGGAUCAGUAUUACGCUUCUGUCAGAAGCGCGGUGGAUAGAGCGACUGCAGUGAAAGGGGGAGCCGGGUAUGAUGAUAAUGGGGGUGUGCAUUAUGUCAACCUGCUUUCGAAAAAUGUUGGCUUGACCGCGUUGAUGGUGUUUGCGAGAAGUGACGUUUCUGGGAGGAUACGUUACGUUGAGAUGGCCGAGGUCGGUGUAGGGGUUCAAGAGACAGGGAACAAAGGUGCCGUUGGAGCACGGAUUGGAUAUCUGGCAGGAAGAGAAGAAGAUAGCAAUGAUGAUGGUGAGGAUGACAUUGUGGAGAUGACUUUUGUCAGUGCACACUUGGCUCCUGGUGAGUGUGAGUGUAAGAGAAGGAAUGAAGACUGGAAAAGCAUUGCACAACGGCUCGUUUUCCACCCCGAGGAAGCAGAGAGUUCUUCUGAUCGCACGCAUCCGCAAGAAGAUGAGGAAGGGGUGCCGCUUCUCCGGGCACCAUCAUCCUUGAGCACACCAUCAGCGUUGUAUUCACCAAAAUCGUAUCUGCUUGUUGCUGGUGAUUUCAACUACCGCACAUCAGAUACCGGUCCCGGGCCGGACGAUUGUAGACGGUUUCCUCGACCAAGGGAUCAUCCAAAUGACUUUGUCCACUUUGCGGUUUUAUUCAUGCAAGAUCAACUAACUCGUGAGCGCGAAGCGGGGAGGGUUUUCGACGAGCUCCAAGAAGCUAAGAUUACAUUCCCACCGACUUACAAGUACUCAUUGGAGGCUCGGGAUGCCGCACUCGCUGACCCCAACGGUAAUUGGAAGUGGGCAAAGAACCGUUGGCCAAGCUGGUGCGAUCGGAUCCUCUAUCGCAACCAUCCCUCCGUUGUGACUGAGUCCGAGGGCAUCAAAGUUCACACGUAUACCGUGCUUCCAUUAUUCUCAACUUCGGAUCAUCGUGCGGUGGUUCUAUUCAUCUCGGUGCCUCUAAAAGCUCAUCCGGAACCUGGAACUUACCUGUCUCCUUUCGAAGUCGAUCCGCACUGGGACACCAAGCGUGCAACUGCCAGACGCAAAGAGCUGGCCAUUGGUGCUGCGGCUUACCUUGGCCUCACCUGGGAGGGAAAUGGUUUGAUGCUCGCAGCCUUUGUAGCAGUCGCGGCUGCGUAUUAUGGCUUCCGGACGUUCCUCGCGGGUUGA